AUGGCAAAGUCACAUAAAUAUUCCGUGGUCCAGUCGUCAAGUGUUAGGUACGCUAAUGUCACUAAAUCUUACCCAAACACUAACAAGCUACCAUGUCUCGCAUUAUGCGAUUUAAUGGAUGGGUGUUCGUCUGUCAACCAUAACUCGGAUACGCACGAGUGUGAGCUUACCAGUCAUGUUCCAAGUAUUCUGGCUCCUGAGCCAGCAACGGCUUCAAACUGGAGGGUAUAUUACAAUGAUCGUUUCAUUCAUGGUGUUGACGCAUGGCAAGCUUCAACGUACUAUUUCCUCUCGUCAAACCUCGCUAUUGAUGGUAACUACAAAAAUUAUAUUGAGGAAGAUAUCUCUGGGCACUGUGCCCAUACCAACGGGGGAAGCUCCUCCUGGACUAUGGAAUUGGAGCGCGUUGCAGAUGUGUCUUACGUCAGAAUAUACUUCAGGAAUCAAAUGGCAAAUAAUUUCAGAAACACCAAUAUUCGUUUGCUGAUAUCUGAAACAAAAGAGGAUUCCGACAACAACAUCGGUACAGACUGUGCUAACUACGUCGGACCUCCGGAAUCGCCUGCUCUACCAGUAAAAGUCACGUGCACUCAACCUGUAACAGGAAAAUUCCUGAAGCUCAUACGUGCAGGAACACUGACCCUUUGCGAAGUUGAGGUUUAUUCUGUUUAGUAUGUUAUCAUUAUACUACUGAAAUGGAAGUUUGUUCUUAUCAGCAUGAAAUCACUCUACUUAAGUUGAUGUUUAUUUUGUUUAAUUUGUAAUUAUUAUACUACUUAAGUGGGGGUUUAUUCUCUAUGUAUGUAAUCAUAUUUCAAAAGUUGAGGACUACUCUGUUCAAUAAGGAAUCAUUAUACUAAUCAUUAUGCUACAGAAGUGGAGGUUUAUUCUGUUAAAUAUGAUACUAUAAUACUUAAGAUUUAUACUGUUAAGUAUGAUACCACACUACAUACGUUAAGGUUUAUUCUGUUCAAUAUGUAAUCGUAACACUACUGAAGUGGAGGUACGUUCAGUUCAGCAUAUUAUCAUUACUCUAUUAUAGUUGAGGUUUAUGCUGAUAAUAAUGUUAUCAUUAUACUACUGAAUUUUGGUAUAUUCUGUCAUGUAUGUUAUCUUUAUACUACUGAAAUGGAAAUUUAUUCUGUUCAUUAUGUAAUAAUUAAACUAUUGAAGUUGAGGUUAAUUCCGUUAAGCAUGUUAUCAUAACACUAUUGAAGUUGAGGUAUUCACUGAAAAUUAUGUUAUCAUUACAUUACUGAAUUUUAGAUUUAUUCUAUCAGGUAGGUAUGUUAUCAUUAUACUACAGAAGCGGGUUUUUUUUUUCUUUUAAGCGUGUAAUCAUAUUUCUAAAAUUGAGGUUUAUUCUGUUAAGAAUGAUACUGUACUACUUCAGGUUCAUUCUAUUCAAUAUGUAGGUUAUACUUCUGAAGUUGAGGAUGACUUCUAUUCAGUAAAGCAU